AAAUACUGUACAUUUAACUGAUUUCAAAUCAUUAUUGUUUUUUUUUGUUUGUUGUAUAUGCGUUUGAGCUCUAGCAGAACGUAUGGUGUGGUUUGUGUUAUGCAUAAUGCAAAGCAUGGUUUAUAUCUGACACGCUUUCGGAAAAUUUUGAGUCAGCUUAGGGGAGUUUAGGCCAUUAUAGAAGUUCUUAAAUAACGCUGCACAGUCCUUCAGCACAGCAGGCGUCUAAACCUAAAUCAUAAAAUUCUUCUUACUCUAUCUGUGCCACAGUGCUGCGGUACAAUGUAGAUGGGGAUAUAGCACCUCACAGAUUUGGUUCCCUCUGUCCUUUUCUCUCAGACUCUGCCGAGAUGGAGGGUGAUCCUGAGAGCAGCGCUCCCAAGAUGGAGAGCUCCAGAGAGGAGGUGCCCGCUGAAGCUACCCCUGUCCCUGACAGAAUGAAACAGAAGCAGCUGCUAGCCGUUGAGGAGCUGGUGUCCACCGAGAUGAACUACCUUAACAUGCUGCAGCUCUGCACUCUGGACAUCCGAAGCAGCCUGCAGCUCAAACAGCUUCCCGCAGUGGACCUGGUAGGACUGUUUGCGAACAUUGAUGAUGUGACUGAUGUCUCCAUUCGAUUGCUGAGCCUCCUAAAGAGGACUGCCCCCACAGACCCACAGUUCCUUGGCUGCAUCGGCGAUGCGUUUCUGGGCCUGAAAGAAGACUUGGAGAGUGUUUACAAGGAGUAUUGUGCCAGCUACACCAACACGCUUGCACUGGAGUCCAGCUACAAGCAGAGCGAGGGACUCUGGCAGGAGAUCAUGCAAACGAUAAAGACUGUGGCACCCCAGACCAACGCCUCGAGCCUGUCCUUCUUCAUGGUGAUGCCAGUCCAGAGGAUUUCCCGCUACCCACUGCUCCUACAGAAUGUGCUGAAGAACACAGAGCCCUCUCACCCUGGCUACCAGUCCUUGCAGGAGGCUGCAACUGCCGCUGUGGAGCUCAAUGUCCGCAUUAACGAGUACAAGCGCCUCAAGGAAGUGGCCGACAAAUACAAGAAAACUGAGAGCCUUACAAUCAUGGAUAAACUUUGCCGGAUCAACAAGCACAGUAUCGCCAAGAAGACAGCCAGGCUGAGCCAGAUGAUGAAGCAUGAAGCUGGCAUUGUACCCAAGACAGAAGACAAAGAGUUUGUCGCCCUGGAAGAAUAUAUGUGUGUCCUGGAAAAGGGGGUUGCAGACCUGCAGGAGAACAUGGCCGUCUAUCUGAAGCAUUUAGAGGACUUCCUCAGAAGUAGACCACAUGAGCAGGAUCUGGACAUUGAAAAUGGAGAGUCUGUCAGGUGCUAUAAUGAGAUUUCAGAAGCAAUGCACCAGUGGAUAUACCCCACGUUCAGGCGUAGGCUGGAAGCCCUGGUGUUCAGGCCACUCUGCACGCUCAGAGAGCUGAUGGCCGGCCCUCGUAACCUGAUCCGGAAACGCCUGCACAAGCUGCUGGACUUCGAGCAGAUUGAGGAGAAGCGUCAGUCGGGCUCCAUGAGCUACGAGGAGCAGGAGGUCGCAAACACUUAUCAGGCCCUCAAUGCACUGCUGCUGUCCGAGCUGCCACGGCUCAAUGCAACAGGCACCCAGCUCCUCCUGAACACCGUGGGGGCCUUCAGCUGCAUACAGAGGGACCUGGCUGCGGAGGUGGAGCGGCUCUGCGAAGGGUACCAGCAACAGCUCCCUCACAGCCACCUGCCCCACAGUGCUUUCUGGGGCUGGGUGGGAGAUGCUAUCCAAGAAGGGACCCAGAAGGUGCAGAGUGCCAGCCCCCUGAGCCCCUCCAGCCAGCAACGACUGAGAAUGCUCUCCCUGAAAUACAGACCGGAGCACAUCUACCAGGUGAGCAGCAACGUGGAGGGCAGCCGCGAGCUGGACCUGACCCUGCCGAGGGGAGAGCUGGUAGGGGUCCUGCAAGAGAUGGACACGCGCGGAGACCAGCAUCGGUGGCUGGUGGAGGCUGGAGGUCGAAGGGGGUACGUCCCAGCUGGAAAACUAAAACCCUACCACCAGGUUACGUUGACACCCUCCCUUUCCCCGUCUCCAUCCCUCUCCCCCUCCUGCUCCCGCUCUACAUCCAUCUCCAUCUCUCCCUCCUGUUUCCCCUCUUCCCAGUAUUUAUCUCCUGUUGUGGGCGGUGCAGAGUGCAGGAGACACUCCUACACUGAGAUGACAGUGACAGACAGGACUACAGCCCCUCCCUGCUUCCAGGUGUUAGCGGGCUAUGACUUCUCAGCGCGGGGCUCCCACGAAUUGAGCCUGCAGGCUGGGGAACAGGUGAAGGUGCUGGAGCCCCACGACAAACGAGGGAGCACCGAAUGGAGCCUGGUGGAGGUCCGGGGCCAGAGGGGGUACGUCCCAUCCAACUACCUCAUGGUGGUGUCAAUGGUGGGGGACAAUGCCAGCGCCCCCAGCUCCCCCAAUCUGCUGACAAAAUGAAACUCCCACAUGCACUAUUCUUUACUAAGCCACUAGUCCUUGCAAAAAAAACACAGUGGCCACUAGCCCUGGACAUCCAAGGCUCUGGUCUGAAGAAGCUUGCUUUUAAAGGGCCUGCACAAAGUGGACAGCGUUUCUCUUGUAACACCAUCCUUGGCAAAUGUUCAGUCCAUUGGACACCACUGGUUGGCCAGAGCACUGAUACAGAUCUGUCCGGAUUCCAAGAGGCAGUGCUUUAAUUACACAGUAACCAGGAAUGAAGACCCUGGUGAUUAUAUAAUAGCUGGAGUGUUUUCAUUGUUAUUAAUAUAGCUGGUAGUGCAACACUGCUGAAUAAAGUAUUCUGACUGACUGCAUCCCCAGCUGCAAGUCCUGAUACUGGCAUGGAGGUUAAACCAGUUUCAAGCAUGCAUUGGAAAUGUGCCGCUUUAUAUCUUCCUUGUUUUUGGUUUCUGUGCCUGCAGCUACAUGGGUGUGGGGCACAAGAUUCCUAACCCCAACGUCACUGCACCCAGAUCCUUAGACUCAGUCCUCUGGUGAAUGCUGUGAACCCCAAUGUUGCUGCACCCAGAUCCUCAGACUCAGUCCUCUGGUGUGUGCUGUGAGUUGAGCAGUGAGGGUUGCACAGGGAAAAGGAGUUCAGAGAUUGUAGUGAAACUCUUUUUACUUACGUUUUAAUCCACUCCUAAGGGGCCUGGGGUUUGACCUUUUGCACGGCACCUUGUUUUUGUUUUGUUUUUAAAUAACUAAACUCUGUUUGCAUAUUAAACAUCACGCGAUGUUUUUAGCAUGA